UUGAAAACAAUCCGCUUUCAUUUUCAUGACUCCCUCCAACGACACUACCUUAUACAAUAUUCGGCUUCUGCUUUCUCUCCCUCUGCAUCUUUGUUUUUCGUACCAUAUGCCUCUGUCGGCAAGUUUCUUCAAAGGAUUCCACGAUGCCAGAUUUGGUGAACCUAUCUCUCUCCGCGGCUCUCAAACUCUUUCACUGCUCCUCCGAUGAUGCCCUUGACGUUCCUGUCAAAUCCCUAACCAAUGGCUUCGGUUCCGAACCUGCCUUCGAACCUCGGGUUUUGAAGCGCACUCGUGGCUCCCUGGAUCGGGUCAAGAAACCCCCCACCGCCGAUAAGGCCUUCCAAGAUCGCCUCAAAGAUCCUUUUCUAGUUGGCGCUCCCAAGAUGUGACGCGUGUUACCAUUCUGAAUGUGCAAAAGAAGCUGUUGGGUCUUCCACUCUGAAAAGAUUCAAGUGUCCACUACAUGUAUGCUUCAUUUGCAAGAAAAAGAAGCAGUUUUGGUGUGUUAGGUGUAAAGUAGCUUUCCAUAGUAAAUGUGCAGCAUGGUCAGAUUCAGUGUUGCAACUAAAAGAUCAUCCUGGGCAUACUGUUUGCUGGAGGCAUCCUUAUGAUUGGCACUUGGAUUGGAAGGUUGGCUGACAGGAAUGUUGUAUUUGUUGGAUGAGUAGCCUGAUGCUUCGACAAGUGACAUUUCUCUUCUUUAUAUCAAGAUUUUUGUCUUAAAAAAGUGGAAGUACAUAAAGAUGCCUGAUGCUUUGAAAAGGUGGUUAUCGUGGCGCAUGGUUUAGAUGCAAGUGUGCUUGGGUUGGAUUUUGGUCAGACCGUGGGUGAUGUUCACCGAAGUUUGCAUGGGACUCAGGUGGAACAGUCGACAAAUAUUAGCAAUAGCACAUUGGAAGGUCUAGAGCAGGCCAUUCUCAAGUUAAAAAUAGAAAGGAAAACUAGAAUUUCAGAAGCUGAAGGAUGUUGUAGCAAAACUAUUUGAACUUUGGAAUUUGAUGGACUCUUCAAAAGAAGAGAGAAACUGUUUUAUGAAGAUUACUUCUAUUGUUGAAACCUGAGAAUCAGAAAUCACUGAACGAGGUGUUCUUUCAACAGAAAUGAUAGAGAAGGAUUUAGCAGAAGUGGACAGGCUUGCCAAACUAAAAGCAAGCAGAAUGAAAGAACUUGUUUUUAAGAAGAGGUCAGAGUUAGAGGAAAUAUGCAGAUUGACUCAUAUUGAACCAGAUCCAAGUGUUGUGGCCGAGAAAGCUAGUGCAUUAAUAGAUUCUGGAUUGGUGGAUCCUUUUGAGCUAUUAGCCAAAAUCGAAGAACAAAUCAUUAAGGCAAAAGAUGAAGUUUUGAGUAGAAAAGAAGUAACAGAUAGGAUUGAUAAGUGGUUUGCUGCAUGUGAAGAGGAGAAUUGGCUUGACAAAUAUAAUCAAGAUGACAACCGUUACAGUGUUGGGCAAUGCAAUCACAUUAAUCUUAAACGUGCAGAACACGCUAGAAUAACUAUAGGCAAAAUUCCAGCUAUAGUUGACAAUCUUAUAAACAAAACAUUAGCCUCGGAAGAUGAAAAGAAGACAUAUUUUCUAUAUGACAGGGUAUAUGUGGGUGUCAAUGCCAUGCAACAGAAAGAGGAAGAUAAGAGAGACGACAAAGGGUAAAUUUACUUGUCUAUACACAUUUGGCAAUUAUUUGUUGUUCGUCCACAAAUUAACUUGUCUGUACACAUUUGGGGCUUGGGGUUCAUUAAUCAAUUCAAAUACUAUUUCAGUAUAUAUAUAUGUUUAGCGUUUUUUGGUUUUUUUUAGAGAUUUUAGGGU